GUUUAAACUCUAAAGUAAGUUGCAAAUAUUUUUUUUAAAUAAAUAAUUUUAAUAUAGUAUUAAUAAUCAAAAAAUAUUUUUAAAUGGCACCACUGUAUAUGAUUGAUAAAAAAACAGUAUUAUCAUUUCUGAAAAACUGAAAACUUGCGAUGCUGUGUAAUGUGAGGACUAUAAUUGUCGACUAACGAGUAGAAAACUAAAAAAUAGAAAUAUUACGUUUAUAUUAUUUUAAAAAUUAGUACUACUAGGAUCUCUUUUAUUUAGUUAAUAGUAAAUAGUUAGUGGCUUUUAUAAAAAUUGUUUAAAGAACGUGAGAAUUAUUUUUUUGUUUUUCUGCGUUGAAUAAUUGAUUAUUUUUGUAUAAUUUAUUAAACAAUUGUUGACAGGUGAAAUUGUUAAUAAUGUUUAGGCUCAGUUGUGAUGCUGAUGAUGACUUGGAUGAGUCUACAUCUAAUGAAAAUAAACAUCAAAUAGUCAAAACAGAAGAAUUAAUUAAUCGUAAUAGAUUGAACAACUUGCCAUUUACAGAAUUAAUUAUUGGAGAUAUGUCUUUAAGACUGUUUCAUGGAUUUCCCAAUAUACACAAUUCAGAUCUCAUUCCUGGCACUUAUGAAGGAGGAUAUAAACUUUGGGAAUGUACUCUUGACCUUUUAGAAUAUCUAAGAAAUAACACCAUUUUUUGUGAAGAAAAAUCUGUCUUGGAUUUAGGCUGCGGUACUGGCCUUUUGGGUAUUUUUACAUUGAUUUCUGGAGCUCAGAAUGUUGAUUUUCAAGAUUUUAAUAAAGAUGUAUUACUUGAUACAACUAUGUAUAAUGUAUUAUUAAAUUCUAACAACAGUUUAGAAGUUUGCAAGUACUAUUCAGGUGAUUGGGAAUCAUUUUCUGUAUUUAAUGAAGAUACAUAUGAUCUAAUUUUGACAUCAGAAACUAUAUACAAUGUAAAAAGUUAUACAAAGCUUAUAAAUUUAUUUGAAAAAAAAUUAAAACUAUCAGGAAGUAUUUUAUUAAUUGCCAAAAAUUAUUAUUUUGGUGUAGGUGGUUCGAUUACUGAGUUUUUAAAUUGUUUAAAAUCUUCUAAACUGAAUGCUGAUGUUGUUUGGACUAGUACAGAAGGAGUAAAAAAAACUUUACUUAAUAUUCAUUUUUAAUUGCAUAGUUUUUGACCAUAAAUAAUAUAAGAAAUAAUGAUUAUAUCAUGACAUUGUUUUUAAAUUUAUCAUAAUUUACAUUUAUCUAUAUUAUGUAAAUGGUAAUUAAUAAAUAUUGUAUUUAUUUAAAUGUAAUAAUUUUUUAUAAUAUUAAUACAUUAUUCAUUUUUAUUUUGUACCUAGUGAUAGUUUUAAGUAUCCCUAUUCAUCAAUUAGAAAAAUAUUAAUUUAUACUCCGGUUAUCGAGCAAGUGUAUCUGGGUGGCAACCAAAAUUUGUCCGUUCUCGUGAAUUCACACACGGUUACAUAGUAGAAUGGGAGAUAUUUGCGUACAAAACUGUGGAGCUCAAUCAUUUGGAUCUGCGAAGGGGUAGCGCUCUCCCAGUGGCCGGAGUAUAGAAAAAUAGUCUUAAGUGAUUAUUCAUUUAAAUUGCUUAGUAUUUUCCCAUAGUAUAAAGAAAAACUUAUAAUAGUUUGAAAAACACAAUGUUGAAUCUUAGUAAAUGUAGUUUAAUUUUAAUUUAUCUUAAUGAGUUAAGUUUUUCUACUCUUAAAAAAUCAUUUUAUUAAUUAAUAAUUUAAAUAAAAAAAUGUAUUUUGAAUAAGUACUAAAAAUAUUUUUAUAAAUCAUGACAUUGUUUUUAAAUUUAUCAUAAUUUACUUUUAUCUAUAUUAUGUAAUUGAUAAUUAAUAAAUAUUGUAUUUAUUUAAA